AUGACUGGAAAACUCACCUGGAUUGUGACGGGCUGUUCCUCUGGCAUGGGAGAAUGUCUGGUCCGGGCAAUCCUUACGGCGGGCGAUCAAGUGAUUGCAACGGCUCGACCGGGAAGCACGAAUGCUGUUGAUCGCAUAGCUCCACUCAAGGAGGCAGGAGCCGCUGUGAUGGAGGUAGAUGUCACAGCGUCAGCAGAAGUGCUCAAUGCUAAAGCCAAAGAAGCAUGGGCAAUAUAUGGGAAAAUUGACGUCCUUGUGAACAAUGCUGCCUACAUUGAUGCGGGUGUAUUCGAGGAGAUCGAUGAAGCAUUCCUGACCCAGGCCCUCCGCAACAAUGCCAUUGGUCCUCUCAAUCUUACACGCGCCUUCCUUCCAUACAUGAGGGAGAGGCGGUCUGGAACUAUUCUUUUCAUGUCAUCCGUGGGUGCGUACUAUGGUGCACCCGGCGCCAGCGCCUACGCAGGCUCGAAGGGUUUACUUGAAGGGCUAGUGCCUAACCUCAGCCUGGAAAUCGAACCAUUUGGUCUCCGAACGUGCAUGAUCACGCCUGGUUACUUUCGUACUAGUGCUAUGACACCAGGGAAUAUUCUGUACCGAGCACCGAACCCAUUACCGGAAUAUGUGGAGAUGAAUUCGCAGAUCAAGGCAGGUUGUAAUGCCGCGGACGGGAACCAGCCCGGGGAUCCUCUCAAAGCGGCUACUUUGAUAGUGGACGCUGUCAGAGGUCAGGGCCCAUGUGCAGGCAAGGAACUUCCCUCUUGGCUUCCAUUAGGAGCCGAUGCAAUAAAGGCGAUCAGAGAUAAUUGCCAGGCAAAGCUAAAAGUCUGUGACGAAUGGGAGGACUUUGCAUCUGCUACCAAUUUUUGA